GCUCCAAAACAUUAGAUGCUUGACAAACUUGGGGGUGCAUUUGCUCCCAAACCAUCAUCUGGGCCACACAAGUCUAGAGAGUGCUUGCCUUUGAUCCUUAUUCUGCGGAACAGGUUGAAGUACACACUCACAUACCGUGAGGUUAUUGCCAUUCUGAUGCAGCGACAUGUUUUUGUUGAUGCGAAGGUUCGGACUGAUAAGACAUACCCUGCGGGAUUCAUGGAUGUUGUAUCAAUUCCCAAAACAAAUGAGAACUUUCGUCUCCUUUAUGAUACCAAGGGUCGGUUCCGUCUCCACUCAAUUAGAGAUGAAGAGGCAACGUUUAAGCUCUGCAAGGUCCGGUCAGUGCAGUUUGGGCAUAAGGGAAUUCCCUAUCUCAACACCUUCGAUGGGCGAACUAUUCGCUACCCUGACCCACUUAUCAAGGCCAAUGACACCAUCAAGCUAGAUUUAGAGACCAACAAGAUCACCGAGUUUAUCAAGUUUGAUGUUGGAAAUGUUGUCAUUGUGACCGGUGGAAGAAACAGGGGUCGUGUUGGAGUCAUUAAGAACAGGGAGAAGCAUAAGGGAACCUUUGAGACAGUUCACAUCCAAGACGCCCUUGGUCAUGAAUUUGCAAGCCGUCUUGGAAAUGUUUUCACCAUUGGCAAGGGUACUAAGCCAUGGGUCUCUCUCCCCAAGGGUAAGGGUAUCAAGUUGUCAUUAUUGAAGAGACAAGAAAAAGGCUUCAAGGCCAACCAAUCACUGCUGCAUAAUCAGUGUUGCAAAUCCGUUAUAGUUUUAGAGGAUUCCCUAGGUGAAACUUUUUGCAAGUUGGCCCAUCUAUGUGAGGAUUUUAAGAGACUUGAUUCAUCAUCCCUUGAGGCUAUACCUCUCGAAUCUUCCUUUGAGGAGUGGAUGUCUGAAGCAGAGAGAUCGGGAACCUUAAUAGCCCCCCGUGAUUCAAGUGGCAUUGGAGAAAUGAUGAGGCUUGAGCGUAGAAGAGUGAAUCUAGCUGUAGAGAGUGGCUUGAGGUCAAUUCUGGGUGACAGCAAUGGAGAUGAGAAGCUGAAUGAUCACUGGUUUUACCACAGGGCUGAAAGUCUCUAUGUAGUCAAGACCAACUUGCUGAUGGAACCCUCUGGCCACCAGUCGAGCCUUGCGGCGAUCAAGGGUGCCAUCAGCACGCCGUUUGGUCUUGAGAACUCAUUUGGAGCUGAGAGUAUUGAGGUUGGGUGA